AUGCUGACUCGUGGUGUGCGCCAGUCGAUCGCUUACGGACGACAGCUCUCUUCGGAGGCAACAAGAAGGGUAACUCUCAUCCCUGGAGAUGGAAUUGGCCCCGAGAUCUCGAAAGCUGUCCAAGAGAUUUUUGAGGCUGCCAAAGUUCCGAUCUCGUGGGAGCCGGUCGACGUGACGCCAGUGAAAGGACGAGAUGGAAUUUUCCGCAUUCCACAACGUUGUAUCGACUUGAUGCAUGAAACUAAGGUUGGUCUUAAGGGCCCACUUGAAACCCCAAUUGGAAAAGGACAUCGUUCUCUUAACUUGGCCGUCAGAAAGGAAUUCAAUUUGUAUGCCAACGUUCGCCCUUGCCGUUCUCUUGUUGGACACAAGACUCUCUACGAUAAUGUCGAUGUGGUGACCAUCCGUGAGAACACAGAAGGAGAAUAUUCAGGAAUUGAGCAUGAGGUCUCUCCCGGUAUCAUGCAAUCGAUCAAGUUGAUCACUCAAGAGGCUUCUCAUCGUGUCGCCAAAUACGCCUUCGAGUAUGCCAAACAAAAUGGAAGAAAACUCGUCACCGUUGUCCACAAGGCGAACAUUAUGCGAAUGUCGGACGGACUCUUCUUGAACUGUUGUCGCGAAGUGGCCAACGAUUAUCCGGAAAUCAAAUUCAAGGAAGCCUAUCUUGACACCGUGUGCCUCAACAUGGUCCAAGACCCAAGCCAAUACGAUGUGCUCGUGAUGCCAAACUUGUACGGAGAUAUCCUCUCCGACUUGUGUGCUGGUCUUAUCGGUGGGCUCGGAGUGACUCCAUCUGGAAACAUUGGCGAGGGAGCGGCAGUCUUUGAAUCUGUGCACGGAACUGCCCCCGAUAUCGCCGGACAGGACAAGGCCAACCCGACCGCUUUGCUUCUCUCGUCGGUGCUGAUGUUGCGUUACAUGGAGUUGAACAGAUAUGCUGACCGAAUUGAGAAGGCGUGCUUUGAUGCUAUUGCUGACGGCUCUCAUAAGACUGGCGAUCUUGGCGGUACUGGAACUUGUACGUCGUUCACCCGUGAUAUCUGCGCUCGAGUGAAAGAUUUGGAU